UAUCACUCCUGCUAUGCACUGAGGACAUGUCUAAGGGUAGGUAUAACCAGGGCACUGAGUCCUUCCAUAUUUUGCAAAACCCUGACCCACCACUCUCCAGCUAAGCACCUCUUUCCUAGAGGGCUCCCACUGAACAAAAUCAACUGGAUUUGGAGGAGGUGCUUUAGCCUUUUGUCAGGUAAUUUGGGGCCUUUUGGGUUUCUCCAGUGGUGUGGUGUACAGCGUGGGUGUUAGCAAACUCCAUACAAUGGCAGGCCAUGAGGGAGUCCACCAACUAAGCCAAUCAUUACUGGGUUUUCUUCUGGAAACAAGUCCUGGGCUUUGCCUUUUGAUGCACUGGCUGGAGGGCCAGAGGAGACUCGAGUGCUUGGGCGUGCAGGCUUCAGCUUGUCCGUGAGUGGAAGACUACAGAAAGUUACAUGGACUCUAAGAAUGAGGACAGCAUUGCCGUUCUGUUCCCUUCUGUUUGGAUCAUUUGUAAAGAACUGUAAGUGGAGAUAAGUGGCCUAGUGUGGCACAUGUUGAGGGGGGUAUGCCCCCAUUGUCGCAGUGCCCUAGACAAAACUCUUCCCCACUACUGGCCAAGCUUCCCCACUUCCCCUCCCCCAAAGCUGAAUGUUCUGCUUGGAAACCUAGUCCCUUCAGUGAUUCCCUAUUUCAAAUAAAAGGAUUUAAGUUGACGUAUGACCACGUGAGCACAUAAUACAGCGCAUUAUUGUGGCAUUUGGAGCGGAGACCCGGGCGGGCUUCGCCUGUGAUUACGUUUUCUAGAUUCUCUACCGAGCGAGAGCUUUUUUCCCCCACCCCCACGCACCCACCUCCUCCUUCUCCUUCCCCUUCUCCGGAGAGCACUCUCCUAGCGGGUUGCAGUUUUCAGCGCUCAUGGAGCGGUUCUGGGCGAGCUAGCCGAUGGGACUCGAGGCCACACCAGGAGGAUGGAAUUUAUUUUAAGGUCUGCGCGGGGCGGCCAUUGGCGGCGGAGCGUCACGUGACCGCGGGGGCGUGCCAAUGUGCGCCCUCACGGGUGUCAAGCCCCUGUCAGAGUGUGCGAUCAAGAUUGUGAAACAACGCGAUGCAAAAAGCGACCUACUACGACAGCUCCGCGAUCUACGGUGGCUACCCCUACCAGGCAGCCAACGGGUUCGCUUAUAAUGCCAGUCAGCAGCCGUACCCGGCGUCCGCGGCACUGGGCGCUGAUGGCGAGUACCACCGACCCGCUUGUUCCCUCCAGUCGCCCACCAGCGGCGGGGGCCACCCCAAGGCGCACGAGCUGAGCGAGGCGUGUCUGCGCACCCUGAGCGGCCCGCCCAGCCAGCCCCCAGGCCUGGGCGAGCCACCUCUGGCCCCGCCGCCGCCCCAGGCCGCGCCCCCAGCUCCACAGCAGCCGCAACCCCCGCCGCAGCCCCCAGCACCGGCUCCAGCCGCGCCCCCUCCCCCCUCUUCAGUUUCCCCACCUCAGAAUGCCAGCAGCAACCCCACCCCCGCCAGCGCAGCCAAGAGCCCCCUACUCAACUCACCCACCGUGGCCAAACAAAUCUUCCCCUGGAUGAAAGAGUCUCGGCAAAACACAAAGCAGAAAACAAGCGGCUCCAGCUCAGGGGAGAGCUGCGCUGGCGACAAGAGCCCGCCUGGGCAGGCGUCGUCCAAACGGGCGCGCACCGCCUACACGAGCGCGCAGCUGGUGGAGCUGGAGAAGGAGUUCCACUUCAACCGCUACCUGUGCCGGCCGCGCCGGGUGGAGAUGGCCAACCUGCUGAACCUCACUGAGCGCCAGAUCAAGAUCUGGUUCCAGAAUCGCCGCAUGAAGUACAAGAAGGAUCAGAAGGGCAAGGGCAUGCUGACGUCAUCAGGGGGCCAGUCCCCAAGUCGCAGCCCCGUGCCCCCUGGCGCGGGCGGCUAUCUGAACUCUAUGCAUUCGCUGGUCAACAGCGUCCCGUAUGAGCCCCAGUCGCCCCCGCCUUUCUCCAAGCCUCCCCAGGGCGCCUAUGGGCUGCCCCCCGCCUCCUACCCCGCACCCCUGCCAAGCUGCGCGCCCCCACCGCCCCCACAGAAGCGCUACACCGCGGCGGGGGCGGCGGCGGGGGGUACACCCGACUAUGACCCACACGCGCAUGGCCUGCAGGGCAACGGCAGCUAUGGGACCCCACACUUACAGGGAAGCCCCGUCUUCGUGGGGGGCAGCUAUGUGGAGCCCAUGAGCAACUCUGGGCCUGCCCUCUUUGGCCUAACUCACCUCCCCCACGCCGCCUCUGCAGCCAUAGACUACGGGGGUGCUGGGCCGCUGGGCAGCGGCCACCAUCACGGGCCCGGGCCAGGGGAGCCGCACCCCACCUACACGGACCUUACCGCCCACCAUCCUUCUCAGGGAAGAAUUCAGGAAGCCCCCAAGCUCACCCACCUGUGAUGGUGGGCUCGGGGCUGCGCGCCAGGAGAGUCCCUCUGCCCCCACCUUUCUUCUACGUUUACUUUUUUUUGGUUUGGUUUUAAGGUUCUUCCUGCCCUCCCUUUUUUCUCCUCCGCCCCGUCUACCCCCCACCCCCACCCCGUUUUGUUUUCUUUGGUAACGCGUUUUUAUAGUUUAUGUGACGUAGCAAUCUUGGUUGCUGGAAUGGCUGUCCGUAUCAGUAGCGAUGUUUAUCUCCUCCCACCCCUCGCUCGGCCGCGGGCCCUGCACCCUUUACCUUCUCUAUUCUUUGAUCAGAAACAGGGUAUAUGAACAAAUUUUCUAGCCGAGUUCUUCAAUGUGAAUUUGUUCGUACAUUAUGGCUCCCGAGGGGAAGCAGUUACUUUAUUUUUUUUUUUUAAUUUUUAGGUGGUUUUUUUUUUAAAUUGCACUUCUUGUAAAGAGCGAGAAAAAAAUCAAAGGCGCUUUGAAACAGGGGCUCCCUGUGCAAGGAUGACUAAGUGUACGUCUUUCCGUGUGUGUAUGCUGGUGAACAGUCAGAUUUAUUUAUAUUUUUUUUGCAAGCAUUGAAUAAUCUAAGUUUUAAAUAUUAUUUAUCCCCAUCCGUUCGUAUUUAUAUUAAAGAAAUUCUGUACCCUGAUUGUUCAGAAGGUUUCUUGGGCCUUUUGUUCAAUAGUGUAUUGACGUACAUAGAAAAUUUUUUUUUAUUUGAAAGGGAAAUAUAAUUCCUUUAUAAAAACGGUAAUGAUGCAAUAAUACCAGAGAGGAUCCAGCUUUUGAAAACAGUGAUUUAGGAUUGUAACAUCCGGCAAAACUGAAAAAAAAAUCUGUAAACGUGAAAAAUGCUAGAUUUGUUUCGAGAGUUCUACAUUCCUUGCUGCUCACAUUCUGAGAAACUAAACAAAAAAAUAAAUAAAUAAAGUUUUUAUUCUGAAUAA